AUGCAAUGUAUUUGUUUCCCUAAAACUGUGAUUAGCAAAAUCAAUGCCAUUUGCAGAUCUUUUCUCUGGACAGGAGGAAGCACUAUUAGUAGGAAGAGUCCGAUUGCCUGGGAUAAGGUUUGUAAACCUGCUGUAAAAGGAGGGUUGAAUGUGCUUGAUUUAGUGGCAUGGAAUAACAUGUUUAUGAUGAAGUUACUCUGGAAUAUAUGCAUGAAAACUGAUGAUCUUUGGGUUCGGUGGAUACACGCCUAUUACCUGAAGAAUGAGGAUGUUAUGAAUAGAAUGGUUAAGAAUUCAGAUUCAAAUAUUUUUAAAACUAUUCUUCUGCAGAGGGAAAAUAUAGGAAAUAUGCAGGAUGCUUGGAAUGAGAUGGUGCAAGCAGGGAGAUUCAUUGGUAGGAGAGUGUAUGUGAACUUGUUACCUGCCACACCUAAUGUUGUCUGGGCCAAGCUAAUUCUCCACAAUAGAGCUAGACCUCGUGCAAUAUAUACUCUCUUGAUGAUCUGUCAUGGGAAGCUAGCCACAAAAGCCAGAUUGAAUCGGUUUGGUAUGGUGAAUAAUAACAAAUGUGUUUUUUGCUCUGCGGUGGAAACCAUUGACCACCUAUUUUUUGAGUGUACUAUUUUGAGGCAGGCUUGGGUUGAAACGCUUCUAUGGAUUGGUAUCCCUCACACUCCCGGAAAUUGGAAUGAGGAGAAAAACUGGAUUUUGAAUUGUUAUGGAGGUAAAGGUUGGAAAGCCGAUCUUGUUAGAUUAGCUUUGACUGAAACUCUACAUGAGCUGUGGAGCUUUAGAAAUGACACUUGUUUUAAUCAAAAAAAUGACAAUAGGAAUUGUACAGAUAGAAUCAUUAACAACAUAGUUUAUAGAGGGUGGUCGAGUCCUAAGCUCAGACCACAUAUAGCUCUUUUGAUGGUACCGUAA